AGCUGGCUCAGAGCACCGGCCCGACCAUUUCUCUUCCCUUCCUCUCUCAGACUUGCCAAUUCCAGCAUACCUUACGCACCUCUCGGAAUGUCAUCGUUGAGGCGCCCUGUUGCGCAAUUGACAAGGCGAGCGUCGCGGGCGCUGGGCGUGCAGCCGCAACACGUCUCGGGCGCAUUAUGGCAGCAGAGACAUCUCGCCACCGAACAAGCGCCGCCUGUGACGCAGGACUCAACGGGCAAGAAGGGCCCCACGGCUAUGGUCUUCAUGAAUAUGGGAGGUCCUUCUACAACAGAUGAAGUGUACGAUUUCCUGUCGAGGCUAUUCGCCGACGGCGACCUCAUCCCUCUGGGCCGUCUCCAGUCCUACCUCGGGCCCCUUAUAUCGCGCCGGCGCACACCGAAGAUCCAGCAGCAAUACGCAGCCAUCGGCGGUGGCUCGCCCAUCCGCAAGUGGAGCGAGUAUCAGGCGGCGGAGAUGUGCAAGAUCCUGGACAAGAUCUCACUCGAGACGGCGCCGCACUUGCCCUACGUCGCGUUCCGAUAUGCAAAUCCGCUGACCGAGCACAUGUACCAGCAACUGCUGGCCGACGGCUUCGGAGGCGGCAAGGGCGGCAGAGCCGUGGCCUUCACCCAGUACCCGCAGUAUUCGUGCAGCACAACGGGAAGCUCGCUGAACGAGCUGUGGAAGUGGCGGCAGCGACUUGAGGGCAAGCGGGCGACAGGCGAGGCUGAUCCGAAGGGGAGCAUCGCGUGGAGCGUCAUCGACCGGUGGCCGGUCCACCCGGGCCUGAUCGAGGCGUUCGCACAAAACAUCGAGGCUACGCUGGCAACGUACCCUCCGGAGAGAAGGGACUCGGCCGUGCUACUCUUCUCGGCACACUCGCUGCCCAUGAGCGUUGUUAACAGAGGCGACCCGUACCCUGCCGAGGUGGCCGCCACGGUGUACGCCGUGAUGCAGCGUCUGGGCAUGAAGAACCCGUACCGUCUGGUGUGGCAAUCCCAGGUCGGCCCCUCCGCAUGGCUGGGUGCGCAGACGUCCGACACGGUUUCGGAAUACGUCAAGAAGGGCCUGACGGACCUAGUCCUGAUCCCCAUCGCAUUCACAAGCGACCACAUCGAGACGCUGUACGAGCUGGAUCACGAGAUCAUCGGUGAGACAGGGUUGGACAGCAUAAAGAGAGUGGAGAGCUUAAAUGGAAGCCCCGUCUUCAUUCGGGCGUUGGCCGAUCUAGCAAAGGAACACCUUCAAAAGAACAUCGCAUGCAGCCCACAGAUGAUGCUACGGUGUCCUGCGUGCACGAGCGAGCGUUGCGCAGCCAGUAAAGAAUUCUUUGCUGGCCAGCAAGCCUUACUGUAAAAUACACCCACUGUACCGAGUAGAUAUCAAAAGAUGAACCAUACGUAGGAAAAUGAAUCACCAUCGGCUUUUGCUAUUUGGCCUUCUUGAA